UACAAAUCAACAACAAACUUUCGUGAAUUUGCUGGGUUCUGGCUCUGGAACUUUGUACAAAAUUUAAAAUGGAAAAUAUUCUUGAUUACCGCAAUAAGUUAAUACUAGCACCUAUGGUGCGAGUAGGGACUCUUCCUAUGCGACUUUUGGCAUUGUGUUAUGGAGCGGAUAUAGUCUAUUCGGAAGAAAUAAUCGAUUGGAAACUUUUACGAUCUGAGCGCCGCGUGAAUGAUGUUCUCAACACCGUUGAUUACGUUGACAAAUCGGAUGGAACCAUAAUAUUCCGAACAUGUGAAAAAGAAAAGGGUAAAGUUGCCCUACAACUCGGAACUGCUAGUGCCGAACGUGCCUUAGCGGUUGGUCGAAUGAUCCAGCAAGAUAUAACGGCGAUCGAUAUAAAUAUGGGAUGUCCUAAGGAUUUUUCGAUAAAGGGUGGCAUGGGGGUUGCAUUAUUGUAUGAUUUAGAUCGGGCUAAAACAAUCCUAAAGACAUUGGUGGACAAUCUGGACAUUCCAGUGACCUGUAAAAUUCGUAUUAUGCCAGAACUAGAAGACACACUACACACGGUUCGUACUCUGGAGUCGACUGGAAUUGCCGCAAUUGCCGUACAUGGAAGAACAAAAAUAGAACGUCCGCGACAUCCAGUGCAUCCCGACGUUAUCCAAAAAAUAUGUGAGAUAACGAAAAUUCCCGUCAUAGCCAAUGGAGGUUCUCAAGAGAUGAAUAAACGAUCUGAUAUCCUGCGGUUCCGAGAUGCCUGUGGGGCCAGUAGCGUUAUGGUAGCACGAGCUGCACAGUGGAAUUGUUCCAUAUUUCGUAAGGAGGGUCCGCUUCCGAUCGAGGAAGUAAUACACGAAUAUCUUCGCUUGGCCAUAGACUACGACAAUUCUCCAUCAAACACCAAGUACUGUGUGCAAAUGAUUCUCCGCGAUUUGCAGGAAUCUGCUAUGGGACGCAAAUUUCUCGACAGUCAAACGAUGGAACAAAUUUGUGACGUUUGGAGUAUAGGGGAGUACUGCAGGAAAAAACAACUAGAAUACCACAAAGCAGGUCUACAGGGACGUCGCCAAGCUUGUCCUCAGCCCGAAACAGAGCAGGAGGCAACAUCAAACGGGAAUGGCAAUCCUUCUAAAAAAGCCCGAAUUGAAAGUACCGAGGAGUUAGAUGUUAUUCAGGAUAACGUGUGCUUCAUACGAGUUAACUAUCCCGUUGACGGAGAUCUUCCCAAGAGUAGGCUCUACAUCUACACUGUAAAAAACAACCUCAAACUCCCCAAGUAUGAAAUCGUGCACAAAGAUAAACUAUUCCGGGCGAUCGUCCUAGUAGGUGACCGCCGUUACAGCUCCUCUUUUUGGGAAAAGAACAAAAAAUACGCCGAACAAUCCGCUGCCUUAUCUUGUCUGCUGCAUUUAGGCAUCGUUAGCAAGGAAAAACUUAUCGCAGAUGGGUCUAUGAUAGAGUAACAAAACUAAUACUCAUUUCAUUUAGAGUUUAGGUAGCAAAAAUGGAAAAUUUAUUUUUACAUUUUAUUUGUAAAGUUGUAAAUACAAAUAUGGUAGGAUUGACGUUAACUAUUGAAUAUUUAUUAAAAAAAAAACUACGGACAGCCACAUUCUUCUACAAUCAUCUUAGAAAGAUCUUGCUUGAUAACACGCGAAUCAGGACCAUAAAAAAUAAGCGACAUUGGUGAGUAUUUAGUCGGAGCACAACACUGGUGGAUGCCUGUAACUUGACCUUGUCUUCGAUAUUCGUCCACAACGUACUGAUAUUCGGCCGAGAAUUUAUCUGGUAAAAGACAGCUUCCUUUGCAGUAGUUAGCAUAAUAUCCAUGAGGUCGUAUGAUCCAGUCAUCCCAUUUUAAUGCUUUGAAGUCUACAUAAAAUUUUUGUUUGCAGCACUGUUCAUUCGGAGCACCGGUACAAUCCAAAGCUCGUCGUCGAAGACGUUUUACAUGGUUUGUUGCCAAACUUACAAACAGAUAAGGUCGAUUGUAAUCUAUAAAGUUUUCAGGUUUCUUUUUUGGAUUAAUUUUUUGAGCCUUAAGAAACGAUUCCUUUACUUUGCUUUGGUUUUCGUCGAACAAAUGGAUGGUUAUUUUAUUACCACAUCCGGAACAAUCGACGAACAGCCGUAGGCUAUCGUUCGUUUUCUCUGAGUGCCAAGUUCGAACCGCAUUAGUAACAUCGAUCUCUUGCCAUCCUAGUUUUUCAACCGAUAUUGUAUGUUUUGCUGCCAUCGAUGUAUGCUUUGCAAAUUCCUUGAACAAAUUGGUAGAAUUUUAUUAAUGUUGAUUUUUUAGUAGAUUGGUUUAUCCUACCUCUUCAUCAUUUAAUACAUUUUUCGAACCACUUACUAAGCGAAAGAUCCACAGGAUGAGAUUCUUAUUGCCAAACGGUGCCCACAGAGUUUCGAUAUUCUUGACUUUGGGCUCCAACCGUAUCCAGAGGGUCGCGUUGUAAAUCCGAAUUCCACCAUGCAUCGUCGAAGGGAGCGAGUUCAACGAGGGGAACACAAAAAACUGAUGUCCCGGGGCAGCCUCACCUGAUUGAUAGAUUGUAAUGAGGGAUAUUCAUAGAUCGAGAAUGAUAAGUAAAGGCGGGUAUUUGAUAGGCGAUCUGUUGGUGGAACAUGUAAUCUAUAGAAGCAUUCAUGAUCAUCAUAUCACUUCAUUACGGCUUCAAUUUGGCUACAUAAGUCGUGUUCGGGUCAAUAAAAAUAUAUAUGAAUGAGUUUUAAAUAAGAAAAUAUAUGUUAUAAUCUUAUCAAAUCCAUGUGAGUCCUGGUGUGGUAAUCGAAUUCAGUCCCGGGAAUUGGAGCCGCCUGUAAUGAAAAAGAAAGAUAAAAUUUGGAAUCAGUAACUUAUAAAAUAUUAUCUCUAGAGAUCGUGGACGAUUUAUUCCUUCAAAAAUUAUUUAUUAAAAAAUAAUGUCACAGGAAUAGGAAAUACGAAGAAAGACUACUGAUUUAA